AUAUGCCCUUAGGAGAAAAACUCCCUUUCCCAUGUUGCACCUCGUCCCGCACACGUGCUCGUGCAGGAUAGCGUGCAUGAAGUGAAGUGUUGUUAAUUCCUGGAUAAAUUUUGCUCCUGUGUUUUCUGUCUGCGUGUUUUCUGUCAGCGGCUCAUCAUGGGCUCAGACGAGGACGCUGCUCUGCUGGUUUUAAUCCACCAACACCUGAAGGUGAGCGGCUACAGAGAAGCUGCCCAGCUGCUGGAGGAACAUCUAACUCAGGUGGAGAUGCCAGUGGAGAGUUUAAACCUACAUGACAUCUACACUGGAUGGAUGAAGCUGUGCUCUCUAGCUCAGCACGCCAAGCAGGAGACAGAAAUUGAUUCUGGAACCUUGAAGACUAAAGUGAUCAAGCAAGAAGAAGAGGAGGCUGCAGAUGUAAAACUCUACAGUGUAGCAGGGGACAAUAAAGCAGACGACAAGCCUCUAAGUGUGUCUAAGAUGGAGGUUGUGGCGUCGUCCACUGCAGAGACCACGACUGGGACCGUUUCUGAUCAGAACCUGGAUCCUGCUGAUAAAACCCAAACUGGGAGAUCAGACGGUGGCGCAUCCAAGUCCUCUGACAGUGAAGUGGAAGAAGAAUGGAAGAAAACAAGCACAGAUACAAAGACAGUCCCAACUGAAGCAUCGGUUGUGGCAUCUAACGAGGGGAAAAGCUCCAUCUCUGCUUCCUCAGACACUGAGAGAACAUCUGAACCCACUCAGGGCAACUCUGACCCAAUUAAUCCUUCUCAGCCUGAAACACAACUGCGAACCUCUGAUCCAGCUGAGGUGUCUGGCUCUGAGAGCGAGCAGGAAGAGGAGAACGAGGAAGAGCAGGAGCCACAAGCUGUUAUAAACUCCCCUGAAGUCACAAAGGAAACUUGUGCAUCAGAACCGAUCGAUGCUGUUCAAGUAGCCACCGUUUGUUCCUCUCAGGAGACAAAUGUAGCGGAGCUCCUGGAGGAGGAGCAGCUCACAGCUGCAGAGAGAUCCGUUCACGCUGAGUCUGUCUCUGACCCGACAGUCGAGGACACCUCCAAUCAGGCCGCAGAGAGAGAGGCCCCGCCCCCUGCAGAUGCAGACUCUGAAAUUCCACAAGUGGUGAGAUUUGAGACAGAGGAAGAAGACGAGCUAAAGACGCCGGUGGCCACAGAGGACCAGAGCGAUGCUUCUGAUCCUCCAGCUCGAGAAGCUGCAGAAGUGCAGGAAGACGAUGACUCCUGCAUCAUCCUCAACAUCCAGACCAACGAAGCGGCCAAGCAGCAACCAGCAGAGCUCUUUGGAGACCCAAUCACUGCCAGGAAAAAGAAAAAGUCCAAAAAGGGUUCUGCUGAGACAUCUUGGGUGGACAUUGCAGUCACACCAAGCACUGAUGUCGCCUAUACAGACACACUCAGUGACUCUCCUCUGACAAGCAGGUCAAAAAAGAAGAAAAGGAAGGGCAAAAAGAGAGAUGAGAUGGCAAACGAAGAGAAGAAUAAGAACAAAGUGUCAGAAGAGUCUCAAGUAGCUAAACCAAAGAAGAAAGCAAAGAAAAGGAAGAGAGAAGAUAUGGAGGAGACCAUCUUUCCUUUAGAAAACACAAGUAAAAAGAAGAAGAAGAAGCAGCAGCUUACAGAUGGGAUGAAGCAUAAGACUGAGAUGACUGGAAUGGAUGAGGGGAAUUCUGGGAACUCUGCAGAGACGAGACUGAGGAAAAAUAAGAAGAAAAGGGAGGAGCUGCAGUUUAAAGAAGCACCAGCAGAGGGUGAGAAAGAGCAGACGAAGGCCACAGCUGACAGCAACUCAUCUCAGCUCUCCUCUGCAAAGAAGAAGAAACAUCUCAGGAGGAAGCUGAGCCUGAAGAAGAGGUUAAAGCUUCGGAAGAAAGAGAUGAUGAGGAAAGCACAGAGUCCCAACUUUCACGCCGGACAGACCAUCACAGGAAGAAAAAAACAAAAGCAGGAGCAAAAGGAAACCGGCAAGUCUCCUCGACCAAAGACGGAAAUAAACACAGAACAAGAAGAAAGUUCAUGGAAGGAAAACCAACCUCCAAGGAGGAGGAAGAGGAGGAAAUCUGUGAUGAACAUCCUGGACGCUCCUGAAGAUGAAUCUGAAUUUUCAAAAGAGAAAAAGGAAAAGAAGAAAAAAACAAAGAUGGGAGAAAUCUCACCUCCUGAUAUGGUGACCCAACUUCCACCUGCAAAGAAAAAGAAGAAGGACAGAUUAAAGAUACAACUAGAAGACACAGAAGCUCCUCCUGCUGUUUCUGAGAAAAAAAAAAAAACAACCAAAAAGCUGCAGUAAAACUGAAUAAUGGCGGAUUUGCUCAUCACAUGGCAACGGUUGCAUCUUUGGACCAGAAAACCCAAAUACUGGAGUUUUCAUUCCCAAUUACUCUGAGAUGAGAGGAACUUGGAUUUCUGGUGAUGGGUUUAAAGACUGUUAGAUUUACUAGUUUUGACUCCUGGUGGGGAUUCUUAAAUUAAACGGGCCUUACUGAUGAUGAGUAAAAAUGCUGGGACCUUUAGAUAGUUCUGAAGCUUAGAAACAACAUAAAAUGGUUACUUUAAACAUGUUCAGCAGCUUUCUAAAUACCACUUUGGGUUUUUUUGUCUACUUUUAGCAAGACGAGAUCAUUUCUAUGGCCUCUAAUUCGGCAAAUGACAUAGAAAAGGUAACUAGUUGAAUUUAGUGAAAUCCAAAUAUGAUUUAGCAAUAAAGGAACACAAAUUGAUCUCACUAUGAAACUAGAGUCAAUAGGAGAAGCCUAAAAUGUUCUGUCAGAAGAGACGACUUUGUGAAACCUUCAUUUAUCUUCAGUUAGAGUUUAAGGUUUGAUGUGUUGUAUUACUGUUUACAUUUAGUCUAAAGCUGUGAAUGUUUCAUUUUAUAGAUUUAUGCACUUGAUAAGAUCCUGUUACACAUGCAGUUUAUUUUUGAGCCUUUUUAAUAAACAGACUCCCAUUAAUAAUCUAUGCAUCAGUUCUUCUGAGAUGAAGCUUGUGAACAAGAAUAGAAGCAACUAAUUUAUCAUCUCCUGGUCUUUGGUCAGCAGUAUAAAUAUUACUGAUGUUUGCUUUUAAUUUGCAUGAACUGUAUAAAUCCUAAAGAUUUCAGUGGAAACUCACCAGCGGUUGGUUUUCUUCACACAACAGCUU